CGCCGAAUGAUGCACACCGACUGGCAGCCACAACCUACCCGCAAGCGCGCUCACCGAGUACAUACUGCCCCUCGCCUCGCCUACAUUACUCCCGACUGCCCUUCUCCCUUCUACCGUCAUAGAUGCCAGCGACGUCCCGCACCUCAGACUUCCGCCAAUUGCUGAAGGAGAAGGAGAAUGUAUUCCCCGACCCAAAGCGACGCAAGAGAUCGAAACGCGCCUCCGCGGACAGACAACGGGAGAGCGACGACCUGUUCAAUAGGCAGUACAUUAAUGAUGCCUACUCUGUGCUGAAUCACAUCAACUCACUGGCGCGCAUGCUUUCGUCCAUACGAAAGGCAUACCUGAAUGCCGACCCACGGCAUACACCUUUGUCACGGCAGUCUCCACGAACGAUAGACCUUGGCUCCUCAGACCAGUCUUGGUCGAACAUCAAGUAUCUCUCAGACGCGGAGCGGGACCAGAUUGACCUGCAGGCCAGAGUCAUCCUCUCGAGGUGCUCGGAGCGAGCGAAAGAGCUUGAGGCGGUGGAGAAACGCCGUGCGGAACUGGUCGCAAGCCGCAAGAACCCCCUCACCAGACUGCUGCCCGCACGUCUACGGCAAGACGACUCCACCGCUGCGUCCGACUUCAUUGCCGCGCACCACUCUAGCAUAACGUGGUAUCUCAGCCGGCGACUCGCAGACGCCAGUCAAUCCCUCAAGGAGAUGCAGGAGGAGCGGAUGAAGCGACAGCUGGAUCGCACGCGGACGCUCGGCUCGGGAGCGACGCGCGAAGCGAUGUACAUGGACAUGUCCUCUUCGAAGCCCUCCCCCACAGAAUCAUCAGGGAGUGGCAGCUGGCUCGGCGGCGCGUCGAAUCUCGCGUCGAGCUUCGCCGCGAGCAUGGGCUCGAACGACGCGUAUGGCUCAACGGCGACUAUCAAGCCGGGCACGUCCUCGCUCCCAGACGACCUCCUCGACGACACGGAUGAGGAGGAACUGGAGCUGACGCAGUCGCAAAUCAUGCAGUUUGAGACGGAGAACGCGAACAUCUUGCAGUCGGUACAGGACACACUCGCGUCGGUGCAGCAGGCGGAGUCACGCUUGCUGGAGAUCAGCACGCUGCAGGCGGAGCUCGUCACGCAGCUGACGCGACAGACAGAGCAGACGGAGCAGCUGUACGAGGACGCUAUCGCCACCGCGUCGACGGUGGAGAAGGGCAACGUGCAGCUGAAGGAGGCGAGACGGAGAGCACGGGACAGCAGGAAAUGGAUCUUGAUGUUCCUUAUCGGUGCCAGCUUGUCGCUGCUAUUCUUGCACUACUACUGAUUCACUAUGCAUUGGGACCGCUGGAUCGCACAUUCUGUAGACAUAACAUAUAUCGCACGGGACUCAUCGAAUUCCUCCACUAUAUGUACCCAUUGUCCGUGAUACCUUAUUCGUACAGAUACAGUGCACAGAACUAACUCUACUCAGAGACAUGGCGAGUCUAGGAUCAAGUAGAGGGGUGAUCAUCGCGCGUGCCCCAGGAGCGGAGCACCUUCCUCUGCAUCCUCGACAGCCUCCUCGAUGGCUUCAGCAGCCAGCUCCUCCACGUCUGUAGGGAUACCCUGCAAGCGGCGGAUCUCCGCUUGCAUGGCGCGAUAGACGAUAACGCUCGCUGAUAUCCCUAGCAGCGUACCUCCCACC